GUAGGGGUCAGCCUGUACCCAAUGGAUUGGAGAUGAAGCAAUCUGUAGCAAAAACAACAGAGUCACAUUUUUCCAGUAGAGCGGAAGCAUAUAUCGACAAAGGUGAGGUGAGGGGACACAGUGCUGAUCAGUGCACCGAGUCCACAGGGUAGUCAGAAACUAAGACCUAAGACGAUAGAGAGUAAAGUUAGAGAGAGAGAGAGAGAGAGAGAGCGGAAUGAGUGGAGGUGAGGAAGAAGAGACGACAUUAGAGCACACUCCCACAUGGGUUGUUGCUCUCGUUUGCACUGUCAUCGUCGCCGUUUCACUCGCGGCCGAGCGUUUUCUUCAUUAUGGCGGAAAGUUCCUCAAGAAGAGAGAUCAGAAGCCACUCUAUGAAGCUCUUCAGAAAAUCAAAGAAGAGUUGAUGUUGUUGGGUUUUAUAUCGCUGCUUCUGACGGUUACACAAAAUGGGAUUACCAAAAUAUGCGUUCCUGCUGGUUUGACCCGCCAUAUGCUUCCUUGUAACCCGGACAGAGGAGAAGGCGAAGAAUCAAAGAUAUCUACAUCCCAUUUUCAGAGCUUCUUCUCUUUUCCUGGCAUUUCUGGAACUGCUCGUCGUCUUCUUGCUGAGGGGUCGUCAUCUAGUAGCUAUUGUGUUCGUAAGAACAAGGUUCCGCUAUUAUCUGUGGAAGCCAUUCACCACCUGCAUAUCUUUAUAUUUGUUCUAGCUUUAGUCCACGUAACCUAUUGUGUUCUGACUGUUUUCUUCGGAGGAUUGAAAAUACGUCAGUGGAAGCACUGGGAGGAUUCAAUUGCUAAAGACAACUAUGAACCACAUAAGGUUCUGGAACUGAAGAUCACUCAUGUUCACCAGCAUGCUUUUAUUAAGGGUCGUUUUCUGGGUUUUGGUAAAGACUCUGCUCUGAUGGGUUGGUUGCACUCUUUUUUCAAGCAAUUUUAUGGCUCGGUGACCAAGUGGGAUUAUGUGACUUUACGGCAUGGUUUUAUCAUGACUCACUGCAAGUCAAAUCUGAAGUUUAACUUUCACAAAUACAUGAUACGUGCCCUUGAAGAUGAUUUUAAACGAGUUGUUGGUAUAAGUUGGUACCUUUGGAUCUUUGUGGUCAUCUUUUUGCUGCUUAAUAUUAAUGGCUGGCAUACAUAUUUUUGGAUAGCGUUUAUUCCUUUUUUUCUUCUACUAGCUGUGGGCACUAAGUUGGAGCAUGUAAUAAUACAAUUAGCUCACGAAGUAGCUGAAAAGCAUGCUGCUAUAGAAGGUGAAUUGGUUGUUCAACCAUCAGAUGCUCACUUUUGGUUUCAUCGGCCUCACUUCUUUCUCUUCUUGAUUCACUUCAUCCUUUUCCAGAAUUCUUUUGAGAUAGCGUUCUUUUUCUGGAUAUGGGUUACUUAUGGCUUUGAUUCCUGCAUAAUGGGACAAGUCAGUUACAUUAUCCCCAGGCUCGUCAUAGGAGUAUUCAUUCAGGUCCUUUGCAGCUACAGCACUCUACCUCUGUAUGCACUCGUCAUACAGAUGGGAACUCACUUCAAGAAGGCAAUAUUUGAUGAACAUGUGCAAGUGGGGCUUGUUGGUUGGGCACAAAGAGUGAAGAAGAAGAAAGAGCAGAAAAGUAAUCAUUCUAGCCAACAGCGAAGCUCUCAUGAAGGUUCUUCCUCUGUGGGACUUCAAAUGGCUUCCAUUUCCGAAAGAGCAUCUGCCCCAGAAGGCAAUCCUCCUCCCCAAAAACCUGAGGGCUCCGCUUGAGUCCGUCCAUCAAAUGUAAACGAAUGGUUUGGUUCUUGGAUGUUCAAAGAUUGUUGAGCACAUGAUGAUGAGUUGAUUCAUGACUGUAACUUAUACUUGCAUGUUUUGUUUUGUUUUGUUUUAAAAUCAUCAAAGUGAUAGGUGUUGAAACUUGAUUUA